GAAUGGUUUCCCACGGGCCUCGUUGCAACUCUAUUCUUUAAACUCUCCUCUCAUUCUCGACAUUGAUCUAUCUUGCAGCUUCACUUCAACCUUGCUCCCACCAUCAACGUCCUUCUCGCCAUCGCCGCUGCCCUCCCUCUCUCUGUACCAACAUUGUCCCUGAUCAAUGCAUCCCACCGCUUCCUUCAUGCACCCCUCCGCCAGAUCGUCAGACUGCGACCAAUCUACUAUCUGAUCGCCCUCUCUCAUCUCACCCACCAUCACCGCAACCCAGCUACACCUCGAUACUCAUCCACCAUUCCCUCCUGCACACAGCAACCGCCUUUAGGAACACCGCUUGACCCUCUCAUAUUGUCCGUCCAUGACGUCCUUCUCCCAAACUCUCUUCAGCUUCACUAUACACCACUUCCCACCAAGCUGACAUCUUCCUCCGCCUGUUGAACUCCAAUGAAAUUCGGCGACACCAUCUAUCAGCGGUCGGUCCCUAAGUGGGCUGCCUAUAAUUUUAAAUAUAAUGAGUUGAAACACCUUAUCAAAUCCAGAACCUCCGCCGGUCAUGCCGUGCCCCUUGACAUACCUUCCCACGGCAAGAGCCGCUGGGAGGAGCUUGACACUCAAUUGCUCAAGCUGCUGCAGGACGAGUACGAUAAUAUCACCCUCUUCCUGAGGAGCAAGCAGGGCGAGAUUGACAGGAGGCUGUCCCACCUCGAAAAACAAAUCGCCAUAGCACAUCGCGCCGUCGCCCAGGACGCCUUGGACAGGCCCAUCCUUCAGGCCAGGAAAUAUCAGCGCUUGGUGAAGGACUCGGAAGAGAUUGCUGACGAAGUCCAAAACCUCGCCCGCUUUGCUGCUGUCCAGAAAACCGCAUUUCGGAAGAUAUUGAAAAAGUAUCGCAAGUGGACCGGUUCAACCUCUCUCCAGACCAGGCUCGAUGUCGAGGUCUUCUCUUCGGACAAGUUGCGUACUGACUAUUCCGACUACCUGCUCAGGCUAUCCGACCUCAACCUCACCUUGCAUCAGACCCUCGCUUCUCCCAUGUUGACCGGUAAGCCCGGCAAUCCCAUUCAACAGGCCAACAAGAUUUCCACGUCCGCCAACGGGUCCGCCAUCAGCCAGAUCGAUGCGUCUGUCCUUCAAAGUCCGCUGACUUUCGAUGCCACUCUUCUGACCGUCCCUUACGGCCAGGUCGCUGGGAGCGCAUACUACUGGAUCCAUCCUGACAACUACGACGAAGCUCGAACCCUCCUUCUCAGGCAUAUGCGUGACAUUGCCCUCACCCGCACCCCGUCACGCACUGGCUCAGAAGCAUCUCUUUCAUCCCAACCCCGCAAAUCCUCCUUGUCCCCCGACCUCUCCCUGCUCCAUGCAGUUUUCUUCGACAAUUCCCAACGGUACAUCAAGGAUACAAGUACGACACGCCCAACUCGCAUAGCCUUGAGUGCCUAUUAUAGUCAAGACUCCGAAGCUGCUGUCACUCUUGCUGGCCUCUCGCCGACUUCAUCUGGCACUACUGUAUUGUCCAUCAAGACCAAGGACCUAGCCAAGGCCUUGCAGCGAUCAUCAAGUCCUAGCGUGGUCUCCAGCGAAGUCUCCGCUGUCCAAAAAUACCUUUCCCAACACCGUGAUGUUAAGUCCCUCGCCGAGUUCUCCUCCAGGCGAACCCGCUACUCGGGCAUGACAAAUUCUGCUGAUGUCGCCACUUGGGCCACUCUCGACACCAAUAUUACCACAUACGUUGCAGACACCUUAUGUAUUGGCCAGCCAGGUUACCAUCCCCAUGCUGGAGAGGCCUUCCCUUACGCCGUUCUCCAUAUUCGGUGGGAAUUCGCCAGGGUACCUUCGGUUGUCAGAGCCUUUGAUGAAUCGCACCUCGUUGAGCGAGUGAACGACUUCACCCUCGAGGCUAUGGCCAUCCAUACCGUCCAUAAAGAUCUACCGAGCCCAAGUUGGCUGCCUCUUCUAGACAAGGACAUCCGCAAAGUGCCUUUGGUGCCACACAGAAAGAGAGCCGGCUUGUCUGGUCGCGGGAGAAAUGGGAGUUUGGACAUCGCAAUCUCCUCGGGGCCCUCGUCUGCAGAUGAGCCUCCGAGUAGUGUCUUUUCUGCAAAUCCAGGGCAUUCUUCGGCUACCUCAGAAGAGGUCGGUGCCCUCGUCAGUCAUUCUGAAUCGGCCCAGUCCAAGCCCCAGGCCUCCAAACCCCAACGCACCAAGAAAAGAGCACGCAUCCAGACGCCUAACCCUCAGCCUCGGGCUCAACGGUAUUGGAAUGAGUUCGAUGACGGAGAUUCUGACGUCAAUCAAGACGAAGGCUAUGCCAUCUAUGUCGAUCCGAACGAGCCCAUUUUCCCUGGUGCUGACGCUGUGCACAAGGCCAUUGGCGUCAUGUGCGAUAGCGUCAGCAAAGGCACAAUUCGCGUGCUAUCCUGGUUUCCACUGACUGCACGACGACAUGCUCAUGGCGAACGAGAGCCGUUGUUGUCAGAACAGCGUACUAGUGAUGACGGUGAUUCGUCCGGUUCAGAUACAGAUGACCUCCUGGUCCCCCAACAAAGAACAAGAAGGCCUCAACGGACUCUCUCACAUGGAUCCCGUGGAGCAAAUCGGCCUGGUGGUGUCUUCCUCACGCCACGUCAAAAGCAGCUGGAGAACACAAUCUUCAUCUUUUAUACGGGCUUGAUUGGAAUCUCUGCCGUUUUUCUCGUCAUGUCCAGUAUCCUCCUUGGGACUGGUCGUAGAAAGGCGUUUGUCGAGGUGGAUGCUGGCGUUGUUGCCGGAGUGGUCGCUGCCGAAACCUGCGCCGUCGGCGCAAUUAUACUCAUCCUAAUUCGAAAGCAGAGGCUGAGCAUCGUGCAUUGGGGCCUCGUUGGCGUCUCCGUCUCUGUUGUUGUUGUGGUUGGCAUGGCGUUGUUGGCGUUGAUGUUUUCUGGCGCCCACCGAUCCAUCGGCAAAAAAACUGAUGUUUGACUGCCUCGGGUCCAGUGGGCACCACAUUGUCACUUUUCCCUACACAUUGAUACCUCCCCAUUGCAGAUAGAACCGGCGUGUUCAUGAAGGCGGCAGCUGCGGCUACGGCCGGGCCCGCAUUGCAAUGGUUGUGACACGAAUUUGAUAUGGCUCUAUAAGCAUGCAUGCGUGCAUGUAGGGCUAUGAUGAAACGAGGAUGUACACCUGUCUCUGUACAUGGCAUGUCAUGAUGUCCACCUCAGCUCGAGGUUUAUGAGAUCCAGGACAAACUCAAACAGGCAUGGGGGGAUUCACACACCACCUCGAAGAAUCAACCCACAUGCCAAUACGGCCGCAUUCAUCACUUUAAUUUCCCCUAUGGAAUACCUACGGAACAACACUCCUGGGGGACUCAUCUAUUACAUACCUAGUGUACAUAACUAUCCCUUAUCUGCACUUGGACAGCGUCAUCAUAUUACUGAAGUCCAUCCUAUUAAUAAUCACAGUCAAUUACCG